AAAAGAGCGAGAGAGAGGAAGAGAGAGAAAAAGAGAAAAGGCGACUAGGAACAGAAGAAGCACUCCCACCGUGGGUGCCUGCCACCAUGGGAGCCUUGCAUCACUUGCCCGAGCCGUUGCUUCGUCCAUGGGCCAUGUCGUGAUCCGUGGGCACAGCCAGCGGGAUUUCUCUCAGUGAUCCUAGCCGCCAAAGAGAGGGGGAGAAGAUGUCCGCCUCGGUGGGCCCUCCGGGCGGCGCGCGUCCACCCGUCGUGCCGGCGUCCAUGCCCGAACCGGACCUGAGCCAUCUGACGGAGGAGGAGAGGAAGAUCAUAAUGGCCGUGCUAGCUCGACAGAAGGAGGAGGAGGAGAAGGAAGAGGCCAUGUUAAAGGAGGAAAAGCCCAUCCAAGCAAGAACUGUGAACCUGGUUGGGCAGAAGAAGCCUCAGCAAAACGAUGUCCGAGGUAUCCAGCAGCAGAUGUCGAGCUACAGGGACACGGUGCGGCGGGUGGGGGAGGAGACGCGCCGGCAGACCACCACGGGCCAGCACCGGGACGACGCUCCCACCUGUGGCAUCUGCCACAAGACCAAGUUUGCUGAUGGCUGUGGCAGCCUCUGCUCUUACUGCCAGACCAAGUUCUGUGCCCGUUGCGGAGGGAGGGUCUCCUUACGCACAAACAGUGUGAUAUGGGUGUGUAAUAACUGCCGUAAGCAGCAGGAGAUCCUCACUAAGCCAGGGGAGUGGUUCUCAGGUCCAGGGAAGCCAGGUCUAGGCUCAGGGAUCAGUGACCCGGCCAUGUGUGGCCUGAACCCCGGUGACAAGAAGCUCCGUUCCCACUUCCAAGUCCCCCUGGGGCCCCUCGACCCCAAUCACCCCGGUGACCCAGGACUGGCACCCGGAAUGGACCCCCGCUCACGUAGCGAGCCGCCGAGAAAGCCGGGCGAUCAGAACAUUAAAGGUCGAGGUGAGCGUCGGCCGGGUCACCCCAGACUCCAUACCCAGGUGUCAGUGGACCGGGACCAGUGGGAGCGGGAGCGGAGGGGGGGCCGGCGGCUGAGUAAGGGCCGCUCUCUGGAACAUGACCCUGUGGGAGUGGGGGUCCCCCGAUGGACAGAGGAGGGCUACCACAUAGACCCCAACGCCCCCCGACAUUUAGCCCAGCCCCAGCCAGGGGAGCCACUGGGGGGCAGGCACCCUCUACAGCCCCAGGGGCGAGGCAGGGGGGUUGGGAUGGGGAUUGGGUUUGAGAGUGUUGGGGGCAUUGGGGGCCAGCCUGAGGCUUUGCUGGGCCAGAGGACGGUGGUGGGGGGCACUAGGGGGCCACAGGGCCUCGGCCCUCCACAGCUCCAGCCCCCAGAACUCAGGGAGCCCCCUGGGACAGCCCCAGGCCCCGGUCAGGAUCCCCUCCUGCGCCGGUCCAAACGGGACAAGGCUGAGAGCAUGCUGCGCAAUGAUUCGCUCAGCUCGGACCAGUCAGAGUCUCUGCGGCCGCCCCCGCCACGGCCGUACAAGUCAAAACGUGGCGGUGCCGGGAAGAGACAGACAUCUGUCAGCAGCUCAGAGGAAGAGGGAGGGACCACGCCAGAGUAUAGCAGCUGUGAGGACGCCGAGAUUGAGAGUGUCAGCGAGAGAGGUGGGAGAGGUAAGAGGAGAGGGGACUGGGAGUGCUACCCGCUGGACCCCACUGUGUGGCAUCAUCCGGUGACAUGGCAGCCAUCCAAAGAGGGUGACCAUCUAAUUGGCCGAAUCACCCUGAGCAAGAGGAGUGCUAUGCCCAAAGAGGCCGGAGCACCGCUGGGGCUGAAGGUGGUUGGGGGAAGGGUCACAGAGGCGGGCAGACUGGGAGCCUUUAUCACUGUAGUCAAGAAGGGCAGUCUGGCCGACAUCGUGGGACACCUUCGAGCAGGGGAUGAGGUUCUGCAGUGGAACGGCAAGAUGUUGCCAGGAGCAACCCAGAAAGAAGUUUAUAAUAUCAUUCUCAAUUCCCAAGCAGAACCUCAAGUGGAACUAGUGGUGUCCCGGCCCAUUGGUGAUAUCCCAAGAAUCCCAGACACGUCCCACCCUCCAUUAGAAUCUACAGGUUCCAGUUCAUUUGAGUCCCAGAAGAUGGAGCGGCCAUCUAUAUCGGUCAUGUCCCCCACCAGUCCCAGUACACUUAGAGACCACCCGCAGCUAAUGCCUGGACAGCUUGCAGUACUGCCCGGACAACUUUUAGUCAAGCUGUGGUAUGAUAAGGUGGGACACCAGCUGAUUGUGAACGUGGUACAGGCUACAGAGCUGCCUCCCCGCCCGGAUGGGCGUCCCAGAAACCCCUACGUCAAAAUGUACUUCCUGCCAGACCGAAGCGAUAAGAGCAAGCGGAGGACUAAGACAGUGAAGAAGAGUGGAGAGCCAAAGUGGAACCAGACGUUUGUGUACUCCCACAUCCACCGCAGAGACUUUCGCCAACACAUGCUAGAGCUGACCAUGUGGGACCAGCCUCGCUUACCUGACGAGAAUAGCAUGUUCAUGGGAGAGAUCCUAAUAGAGCUGGAGACAGCCCCGUUGGAUGACAAGCCUCACUGGUACAAGCUGCAGACCCACGACGUGUCGUCUAUCCCCCUGCCCUGGCCAUCCCCUUACAUGCCCCGCAGAAACACAGACACACCCAGCAAGAAGCUGCAGCGUUCUCAGCGUGUUAAAGAGCCUGAGUACGAUGACACUGGACCUAUGUCUAAAGCUGCCGAGAGGGGUUCGCGGGAGAGGGGGAGGCAGCAGAAGGAUCCCCACGCCACCACUCUGGAGGUGCCAGAGCAGAAGAGGACACCCCAGCAUCGCUCUCGAUCUGUCUCUCCUCACAGAGAGGAACAGGGCAGGGGGCGAUCACGACCAGCCAAUGUCCCCACCCAGAGGAGUUUGGAUGAUGAGAUCCACCAUAGUAGGAGGUCUCGUUCUCCCACCCGCUACUACGACUCUACCCGAGGACACUACCAGGAGCAGGACUAUGUAGAUGACAGUGAGGUCAUCCUGAUCCACCAGUCAAUGCGAGGCAAAAGUGCAGAAUGCCUACACACUGAAAGUUCCACACUGCCUGCAUGUCUAAAGACUGGCUCGAUGGUGCGUUCCAGCGUUGUCACGGCAAUACGCAGCUCUUUCACACAACGCGUUCUCAGGUUUACAGACGAGAUCACCGUUAGUGAUCUACAUACCUCUCUGGACAGCGUUAAAACUAGGAGUGCUAGCACCAACUGUCUGAACCCAGAAAGGAACCAUAGUGUUCCUUCACCAGAUCCCCAAAGCUGCUCCCAGUCUCUGCCCCGCAGACGCCCCGCCAGCCCCAGGAUUCUAAUCCAACACGCCUCCCCAGAAGACGACAGCAUAUGGAUGAUGGAACCUCUAGUACCUAGACAGGAGACAGUUAACCACCUCAGUGCAAAGAAGAGGCAAACUCGGAGCCUGGACUCAUCCACCUGUCACACUCUGGGCAAGAAGCUCCCUGACAACGACAGAAUAAAGCCCACCUCCAUCCUGAGGGGGUCCCGAGGACGGCCCCCUCCCCUGCGGCCUCUCGGUAAGGGGACCCUCCGAGAGUUGGCCCCGGGCUCACCCCAACCAUACAGGAGCCACCUCCAAGGUGGUGCGUCUCUGUCCUCCUCAGUGAUGUCCUCGUCAGCAGCUCGCAGGGUCAGACAACUCCCACAGGUCCCAGACAAGAGCAGCAGCCCCGUAGAGCAAGCCCUAGCAGCAGAGGAGCGUGUUCGUCAGCUCCAGAUGAAGGUGCAGCAGAGGGACUCCUAUAGGAGUUCUGCUGCUCCGUCCACUUCUAGCAGGGACGUGGAGAGGGUGCUCAGGAGCAAACGCGAGGUCAGUCACCUGUCACUUGAGCUGUAUAAGGACCAGAGGAGAACCAGCUGUGAGAACGUAUCCCGCAAGUCUUCAGAAAGUGAUGUCAGCGACGUGUCAGCCAUCUCUCGCACCAGCAGUGCCUCCCGCAUCAGUAGUACCAGCUACAUAUCCAUCCAGUCAGAGAGACCCCGGGGACGCUUCAACAAGGCGAUGCGUGCAUCAGGCCGCAGCAUGUUGAAGAGCACCAGUGUGAGUGGUGAGAUCUAUGGCAUUGAGCACACGGACGGCAGCCAAUCAGAUACAGCAUUGGGCGGGGGCAAGAAGCGGCGCUCCAGCCUCAGCCAGCGGGUGGUGGCCAUUGUAGGCCUGCCCUCCAGACGCAGCUGCAGCACCUCACAGCUCACCUCCCAGAAAGCAGUGGUGGUGGAUACUAAGAAGAAGGGCAAAAAAAAGAACAAAAUUCAGAUCCAGCGGAGUACAGAGGUGGGCAUGGCUGUAGAGUACCCCCGCUCUGCCAUGAACCGCCAGGCCAGCAGAGACUCCACUGACGGGAGCAUGAACAGCUACAGCUCUGAGGGGAAUCUAAUCUUCUCGGGGAUGAGGCUGGGGGUUGACAGUCAGUUCAGUGACUUCCUGGAUGGCCUUGGCCCUGCCCAACUGGUGGGCCGGCAAACAUUAGCCACACCCGCCAUGGGAGAUGUUCAGAUCGGAAUGAUGGACAAAAAAGGCCAGCUAGAGGUGGAGGUGAUUAGAGCACGUGGCCUUACCCCCAAACCAGGGUCCAAAUCACUCCCAGCACCCUAUGUCAAGGCCUACCUGCUGGAUAACGGAGCCUGUAAAGCCAAAAAGAAAACCAAGAUUGCACGUAAAACCCUGGAGCCCCUCUACCAGCAGGCCCUGCUGUUUGAGGAAAGCCCACAGGGGAAAGUCCUCCAGGUAAUAGUCUGGGGCGACUACGGGCGACUGGAUCACAAAUGCUUCAUGGGAGUUGCACAGAUCCUAUUGGAGGAGCUGGACCUCUCCAGCACAGUGAUUGGCUGGUACAAAUUGUUUCCUCCUUCCUCAUUGGUGGACCCUACCUUAGCCUCGCUUACGCGGCGGGCAUCCCAGACAUCCCUGGACAGCUCAGGACCAGCUGGUAUGCGCUCUUAGUGACCACAACGCAACCACAAUCCCAAAUGGACAACAACCAAUGGACCACAACUGACCAGAGUGCAUGACCACAUCCCUAGGGCCAAGAUAAACCUUAAGCAAAUCAAAGCCAGACAGAUAGAGAUAUACAGAGAAAGAGAGGGAGAGUGAGAACUAGCCAAUCAAAGUUUAGCUGAAGUCAGACAAUCAUUUCCCAUGCCUCCCUCCUUCUGUCUUCUCUCCUUUCUCUGGGCUGCUAGGCCUUGCUCCUGAGUCUCACUUCUUCUAUUUCUCAUCCCUCCUUUUAAUGUAUCCAUCCUCCUCCUCUCUGACAUCUCCUGUUUUGUCCCCUCUUUCUCCAUUCCUCCUCUCCCUCCGUUGAGUGUGUUAUGGCUUGUGCUCCUGAGAUUGAAGGGACUCAUGCAGCCCACUCUGUUAGGGGGCACAAGGGAUGUCAGCCCAGGCUUGGUGUAGCCAAUCAGUGAAUGGGUUAUUGUGAGGCCAUAAAGUGUGUGCAGGAGACAAAGGGAAAAGGUUGAAGAUACCCUGCCGACAGCUGCCCAUCCCAAUGCGUUUCAGCAUUGAGGUCGUCAUGGCAUUGCUAUAUCUGUGAGGAUUGGCGUGAUUGCACAACCUGUUAGGGGAGGGAGACUGCACAGGUGAAGACAAUACUUGUUCUAAGAUCAAAGCAAGCACAAAAGCUUGAUUCUUUUUCAGACAACAAAUGGUUGCGAAAGAGAAAAAAAGGGCCAAAUUAUGGUUAGAUCUAUUUUAUUCCAUAUUCUAUUUGCCUAGAGUUGAGAAUGUUGAGAAUGUGGUGCAGACUCCCUGUGUGCAUAUUUGGUUUCGAGUGGCGGUGGUCUGCAGACCAGCAGAGGUCUCGUCACCCCCGGCGAGUGUGGCGGGCGCAGCAUGACUCGGGACCCCGGCCCAAGCUGCAUGCACAUUUUUUUGUAAGACAAAAGCCAGACGAAUUACUUAAAAAGAGACUAGACUAAAUGUGUGUUAGUUCCACAUACUUUAGGCCAGCUUGUAUGUUGCAUGUACUUGUACAGUUUGCUCGUACUGAAUAUGAAUACAAACAGAAAAGCCAUCCGCCAUCCAAGGGCGGACACCGGGGGAAUAAGCUCCGCCCAGGCCACACCUCCCACUCUGCGUAUGAAUAUCCAUAUUAGGAAGUCUCCAAAAGACUUUUUUCUUUUCUUGUGUUCCUUUUGAACCCUUUGGAGAACAGUGCUGUAUCGUAGUACUGAGCAAACUGACUAUCUGAGGAGCUAGGUGUUUUAACUAUAGUCUUUGGCAGUGGGGCUAGGUAGAGAAUGUGUGUAUAAAAACAGAGAUUAAUGUAAAUGAAGUAUAAUUCUGACAUAAAUGAUAAAAGAUAUAGAUAUAUAUGAUUAUCAAAUGAGUGUAUCUGACUAUACAACUAUCACCUAUAAACACAAACACACAUUGUAAAUACGAGUCAGGGGGAUGAUAUUUACACACACAAAACGAUCCAAACAUUCCUAGUCCUAUGGAAACAGAUCUGAGCCCCUUGCCCUGUGCUUUGAGAGCCGCUGAGCGGUGCCCAACCACAAGGGGGAGCCAGCAGAUCUUUCAGUUUCUCCUCAUAGCAGCCAAAACCAACAUGACUAUUUGCAACACAUGCCACCUUGUUUCUUUAACCGCAAAACUUUAAUCCCCGUAUUUGAUCAUGGUUUGGACUGAAUUGAAAAACCCAUAAAGGUUUUGUUAGCUGACGUUUCAGUUGAACCUCUUGCGGUGCGGCCCACUGCCCUUUCCUUUGUCGGUAUUACUCCACGAUACUGAUUGUUUACAGUCCAUGAGUUUCCACUCAAAACACCAUAUCUAGGAAAGAAGUAUUCACUUCAACAUUUCUUGUUUGUAUAACAGAUGUGGCUCUACUGAUGUGUAUGUUUUAUAUUCAAGAGUUCAUUUUUAUUAUUUACAAAUAAAAGACUGUGGAAGAAAA